CUCUGGACUUUUGCGGGCGCCCGUUGAAGCCUUGACCUCAUCUCUUAUCCCGUACAUAUCGCUGGUGGCGCCUUGCAGAACGAUCGUUGAAACAAGAGUCCUCUCGUGGGUUGCUGACCCCUCCCACCAAGGAUGGAUCUCUCCAAACUCACCCGUCCGGCCAUCCUCUGCCAGUGUUCUCGUUGUUCGAGUUCGCUGGCCGCCCUGGAGAACGAGUGGGCGAAAUUGUCGAAUUCCUAUUCCGUUGCGGCUGGAUGGUUGAGCGUCGAACUGCACCGCAUUUCGAUUUCCUCGGAGAAAAAGCAGGUCCCGCAGUCGUCAGAUUUGAACCUCUUGCGGGGCCGGAUCCUGCAGGAAGUUGCCUGUAAACUCUGUCAGCAAAAGUUGGGAGUAUUGUGCGCGCUGGACAAUGGUCCCAAUGUCUUUUGGAAGCUGUCGAAAGUUUCCUUUAGGGAAAUCGUUACGAUGCGCACGGUAGAGCCUUCCUUCAAGGAGGGCGCUCUCGAUCGUCUGAUGAAUGCGACACCCAAAGAGCCAGCAAAAAGAGACCGAACCUCCAUCCAGCCGGGGGCGCUGGUACCGGCCGGUGCAAACGAAAUCGACCCCUACAACGCGUCCGUGGAACAACAGAUUCAGUAUCAGGGUGUCAGCAUCGACAACAUUUCGAGCUCCGUCAAUAAUCUCCACGAUACCAUGUCCGAACUGAAAAAUGCUUUCACAGCCCUUCGCAUCGAGCUCAAUGGCCCGGGACAAUUCCGUGAACUGGGCAACCCUUCUGGCCACGACUUCAACAUGAUCACAACUGUUUUACGCGAGCUUAAAUUCAAGUCGGACGAAAUCGAAAAACUGAAUUUAGAAAUCGAGGCGCUGAAAAUGAAGAACCGAUAUAUGGAGGAACAGGCUGGGAGGUUGCCGGCGCCUUUGCCACCGCCCGAUGAAGCGAUCUCGCAGGUGCGCAGCCCCGCUAUACUCCAUGGAAGCAGGAAACGCCCAUUGCCGGACUAUUUCGAGAGUGGUGGUCGAACACAUCCGAUCGCAGACUCUUUCGACGAUGAUGAUGACGACGACGACGACGACAACGUUAGCAUCGGUGAUUUUUUAGCUGAGCCAAGUAUUGCACCGGUGAAAAUUCCUCUCAAGGAAGCUGAACAUACGCCGGCUGCCCACACACCCCUCGAGCCUACCUCUAUCGACUCCGCGAACCUUCGGAUUGAAGUCUCACAACCACAAGGUUCGACUUCGCACCCCGAGACACCUACUAUCGCCGGAAACACACAACAGCAGGCAGUCACAAAGCGGCCUCGUGUAUCUCAAUCUACGGGCAGACCUGCAUCUAGCGGGACUGCCGCCGAGAAAAAGAGGGGGGCUGGUCGUCCGCGGAAGUCCAUCAGCCAGGCACCAAACCUAGAUUUUUCUGAAAACCCUAAACCCACACCUUUGUCUGAACAGAACGGAAAUGCCCUUGGCAGCAAUCAGAUGGAGAAUCCACCCUCGAAUCAAACCCCCAGCGAGCCUUCCAGUGCCAAGGAAAACCGUCCUGGCAGGUCACGCAGCUUACGCAGUCGGUCCCGUCCUCCAUCAAUGGCCUCGAGCAAUCGAAACGGCCAAACUGGGGGAACCGACGCGCCGGAAAUGGCACAAACGCCUACCGGUCCAGAGACUAGACAGCAAAACGGGUCAGGAAAGAAAUCUUCGUCGGCGAGGUCAAACGGUAUUCGCAUCAACAGUGAAAAUCUACUCGAUUCCGAGAAACGCAAAGCACAGGUUGCUACGCGAGACGCGAUGGCACGAUUAGCCAUGCAGCGCGAAGAAGCCAUGGAAACUGAGGAAGCUAGGUGACAUUUUGACUUUUCUCAAUGUAUUAUUGACUCUUUUUCUCUUUUGACUUUUGCAUCCCCUUCGACUCCAAAUUUGGACUCUCACUUUUAUUUUCUUGUGUGUGUGUGUGCCCUUCUCUUCAUCUUGUGUCUUAUCUCCAUGGGAUUUAUUUGGGAUGCAUCUAUUUGGAAAAGCACAAAUCCCUCGACAUCUGUUUUCAUCUGUCUGGCUUGAUCUGGCUUACUCUGGGCUGUUUCCAUCCGAUAUUGAAACUCACCUGGGGCGUUUGCAUAGUCCACAAAACAUUAACUAGGUAUAUCAUCGACAGAAUAUAGAAAAGGAAUCAGGCUAGUAAAUGAAAGCCAUUAUUCACCAUUGAUUCUCCA